CCCGGAAUCUGGAUCCUUUGUUCAUGACGUUUUAGUUUCGGUCCCAAGGUAUCUGGCUAUACGUGCCAAGUGCUGGGCUUGGCUUUACGCCAUACCUCUAGCCCGCCUCCCACUCCACCAUGGGGGGUAGUGGAUUGAGCUCGAGGAUGGAUCUUUAAAGGUUUCGAUUCCCCCCAGCUCUGGGUUGCUUGUCUUCUGCAGCUCUCCUUAGCAUUCAUUCCCAGGAAAAUCAUUCGCCAUGGGAAAGACAGGACCGUCUCUCGAGGGGCAUGUCUCCGGACAGUCCAACAAGCCUCUCACCAAACCAGCACAUGCUCUGCCCUUCGAACAAGUCAUCCAAGAGACAGGAUGCAACCCCGAUGAGGGUUUGAGCGAGGCAGAGGCAGAGAAACGCCUCCAAGAGUUUGGUAACAAUGAUCUUGGAGACGAUAAGGGCGUUCAGCCUGGUAAAAUCUUGCUACGACAAGUAGCUAACGCCAUGACUUUGGUGCUUCUUCUUGCUAUGGGUGUCAGUUUUGGAAUCAAAUCGUGGAUUGAAGGUGGUGUGGUAACUGCUAUCAUCCUGCUUAACGUGAUUGUGGGCUUCUGGCAGGAGUUCAAUGCUGAAAAGACAAUGGACUCUUUGCGAUCGCUUAGUUCGCCUACUGCCAGCGCCAUUCGUGGCGGAAAGAACUGCACUGUCGCUACGGUUCAGAUCGUACCUGGUGACAUGGUCGAAAUGAAGACUGGUGACACCAUUCCUGCAGAUGUUCGUUUGAUCGAAGCACUCAAUUUCGAGACGGAUGAGGCACUCCUCACUGGAGAAUCUCUACCCGUGAAUAAAGACGCAGAAGCCACCUUCGAUGAGGACACUGGCCCCGGUGACCGUUUGAAUGUUGCCUACAGCUCUUCCACCGUUACCAAAGGACGUGCUCGUGGAGUCGUCUUUGCUACUGGAAUGUACACUGAGAUUGGAUCCAUCGCCGCCUCCCUUCGCCAGAAAGGUUCUCGCGUUCGUGAAGUCAAGCGCAAGCCUGACGGAACCGCGAAGCCUCACCGAUAUGCCCAAGCCUGGGGUUUGACUGUCACUGAUGCCAUUGGUCACUUCCUUGGUGUCAAUGUUGGUACCCCUCUCCAGAAGAAGCUUUCCCGGCUCGCGCUGCUCCUCUUCGGUAUCGCCGUCGUCUGCGCCAUCAUUGUUCUCGGUGCCAAUAAGUUUGUGAACAAUCAGGAGGUUAUCAUUUACGCCGUCGCAACUGGUCUUUCCAUGAUUCCCGCUUCGCUUAUCGUCGUCUUGACCAUCACUAUGGCUGCUGGAACUAAGCGCAUGGUCGAGAGGCACGUCAUUGUCCGAAACCUCAAGUCUCUUGAAGCCCUGGGCGGUGUUACCGACAUUUGCUCCGACAAGACCGGUACACUAACUCAAGGAAAAAUGGUUGCAAAGAAGGCCUGGAUUCCUGCCAAGGGUACUUAUUCCGUCGGAUCAACCAACGAUCCCUUCAACCCCACCAUUGGUGAUCUCAGCUUCACUGCCAAACCACCGAAAGAAAUCGACUUCGAGCGUGAGGAACCAGCAGUCUCGCACAACGAGCUUCUGGAGGGUAACGAGCAUUUGCUAAACUAUUUGAAGGUUGCUUCGCUUGCCAAUCUCGCCAACGUCCACAAAGCCGAGGGCGGCGAGUGGCACGCCCGCGGUGAUCCCACCGAAAUCGCUAUCCAAGUGUUCGCUUCUCGAUUCGAAUGGAACCGCCUCAACUAUACCUCCGGCGAAUCUCCAAAGUGGAAGCAGAUUGCCGAAUUUCCCUUUGACUCUACUGUGAAGAAGAUGUCCGUCAUCUUCGAGGAAACUGCCAGCGACAAGAAAUACGUUUUCACCAAGGGCGCUGUCGAGCGAGUGAUCUACUCUUGCACCGACUACUUCAAUGGAGAAUCUGAAACCGCCGCUGAGAUGACUGAUGCAAUCCGCGAUGAUAUCCUGGUCAAUAUGGAGUCUCUUGCUGCCCUCGGCCUUCGUGUCCUCGCACUCGCAAGCAAGGAGUGGAACGGUACCUACACCAAGGGCCAGGAAAUCGACCGCAACGGAGUCGAGGAUGGCUUGACCUUCCGCGGUCUUGUUGGUCUCUAUGAUCCCCCUCGCCCCGAAUCUGCUCGCUCAGUGCGCCAGUGCCAGAAGGCUGGUAUUCAGGUCCAUAUGCUUACGGGUGAUCACCCCGGAACUGCUCGUGCUAUCGCUGCCGAAGUUGGAAUCUUGCCAUCCAACAUGAGCACUCUUGCCAAAGAUGUUACUGACGCCAUGGUCAUGACUGCUGGUGCAUUCGACAAGCUCUCUGAUGACGAAAUCGAUGCUUUGCCCCUUCUUCCCUUAGUUAUCGCUCGAUGCGCCCCUACUACCAAAGUACGCAUGAUUGAUGCCCUCCACCGAAGGAAGUGUUUCGCGGCCAUGACUGGUGACGGAGUGAACGAUUCCCCAUCUCUCAAACGCGCCGAUGUUGGUAUUGGUAUGGGUACUGGUUCAGAUGUUGCGAAAGAUGCUUCCGAUAUCGUUCUUACAGAUGAUAACUUUGCUUCUAUUCUUAACGCCAUCGAGGAAGGCCGCCGCAUGUUCGAUAACAUUCAGAAGUUCAUUCUCCAUUUGCUCGCCCAGAACAUUGCUCAGGCAUGCACACUACUCAUUGGACUUGUCUUCAAGGAUGAGAGCGGUCUCUCAGUCUUCCCCCUUUCUCCCGUCGAAGUUAUGUGGAUCAUCAUGAUUACCUCCGGUCUUCCUGACAUGGGUCUCGGAUUCGAAAUCGCAGCACCAGAUGUCUUGUCGCGACCCCCUCAAUCGCUCAAACGUGGUGUCUUCACCUUGGAAGUUAUGUUUGACAUGCUCGCCUACGGUCUAUGGAUCGCCGCACUCUGCCUCGCCUCCUUUACGCUUGUUCUGAACGCCUGGGGUGAUGGAAACCUUGGCGUCAACUGCAACGACUCCUAUUCCGAUGCUUGCGAUACUGUCUUCCGCGCUCGAGCUACUUGCUUCGCCUGUCUCACCUGGUUCUCGCUCUUCCUUGCAUGGCAGAUGGUGGAUAUGCGCCGCUCGUUCUUCAUGAUGCAACCUGGAUCUAAGAAGUACUUCACGCAGUGGUUCUUGGAUGUCUGGCGCAACAAGUUCCUCUUCAUCUCCAUUAUGGCCGGUUUCAUCACCAUCUUCCCAGUUCUCUACAUUCCUGUUAUCAGUGACACUGUCUUCAAGCACAAGGGUAUCAGCUGGGAGUGGGGCAUUGUCUUUGUUGCUACCAUCCUCUUCUUCCUCGGUAUUGAGGCUUGGAAGUGGGGCAAGCGUGUGUUCUUCAGGAGACGCGAUUCGAAGGCAGGCAUCAGGAGGGGCAGCAUUGAUCUCGAGCAGAGGGUCUUCGAGAGGUAUCUCUCGACGGCUGUCAGCACGGACGAGGAAGAGAAACGAUGAGCACUUGCGAUCGCAUCUCAAGAGCAAGAAAGGAUUGUUUACCGCCUGCUAGGAAAAUGCCAGCAGAAGGAUGUUGAAUGAAUCACUAUGAACAGAUUACUGAUAGCCAUAAGAGAGGCUGAUGAGAGUGUCCACUUUGGUGAACACGAUUAUUUUAUUGCAUGCGGCGUUCAAAACCAGGCUUCGUUGCCUCAUGAGAAACCUCCUCCUUGAUUUGGCGGGAGUAGAAGGGUUUUCUUCGAUAAUAUUGAUUGAUGAUUUUAAGCUAGAUAUC